UGCUGCAGCCUGCAAACAGCAGACACAACAUGUUUACAAUGGUAGGUGGAGAGAGACGCUUCUCACUGCACACAUCCGUCAGGAGCUGUUGUUGAUACAAGAAUGACCUGAUUUCUCGGAGGAUUUCAAUGCGUAGGCUAUUUCAUGAUGUUGGCGUCGCUUUUCUCGCUGGCGCUGCUGUCGGCGCACGUUGCUCUGGUCAUCGGCGUCGCCGCGCCGCUCCUCACCUUCAGGGUCACGGACCCGAUCACCGGCGGCUCGCUGGAGUGCGACCGAUGCCCGCCCGGUACCUUCAUGCGCGCAUCCUGCACGGCGACGCAGAAGACCCGGUGCGCGACGUGUCCGCCGGGCUCGUUCACGGAGCUGUGGAACUACAUCGGGAAGUGUCUGCGCUGCGGCGUUUGCGGCCACAACGAGGUGGAGAAGACGGUGUGCACCGCGGACAGAAACUGCCAGUGUCAGUGUAAACAGGGAUACCACAAUAAGUACGACAUGUGCGUCCGCCACAGCGAGUGUCCGUCCGGUCAACAGCCGCUGACCAAAGGUACACCUGAUGAGGACACAGUGUGCCAGAUUUGUCCCGACGGCAGCUACUCCGACACCACCUCUGCUCUGCAGAACUGCACGCUACACCGAAGCUGCAAUGCCCCGGGGCUGAAGCUGGUGCUGAAGGGCUCCAUCUGGCACGACAGCGUGUGCACGAGCUGCGAAGAACUCAAAUCAAGAGACGGCGGGGACUACCUCAAAGAAAUCAUCCCGGCUUUCUUCGUCCACCAUAAAAUGACCCUCAGGCGGCUGCGUCAGGUCGUGCACAAGCUCCCGUCCGAGGAUGGCAAAAAGCAGGCAGGAGCUUCAGGACUUAACCUCUCAGAGCUCCACGCGCGGAUCAACACCUGGGUCGCUUCCGCCUCGGCCAAUCAGAUCCGGCAGCUUCCGGAGAUACUGGCCAAAACCGGAGCGAACGGCGCCAGCGAGCGGCUAAAGAGCAAGCUGCAGAGAAUCGACUCGAAUCUAAAGCAGCUGUGUGCUUUGGGUAAUGAGGUAGAUGUACUGUCAUUCUAAUGCCGGGAAAGGCUUAAGUAGAAAACAUUUAUUUAUACUGUAGCAACAAAAGAGGUCCAGUGUUCAUUUGAAAAGCAACGACUUUUAUUUUUGUCACGUAGUUCAAGAAUUGCUGCCCUAUUCGAGAUGCUCUGUCAGUACAAUACUUGUAUUUACUAUUAGUUCAAAAGAGAAUACCGUUCAAUUAGAGGAAUGGUUAAUUCACUUCUAUCUGCAUCAAGCUGAUUAACAUUCCCUCAUUUUUUGGGGCAUUUCAGUUUUUGUUGUUGUUGUUUUCUUCUUAAAAUUGGCCAAACAACCUAAACCUGUUUGUGUCACCUCGCUUGAAAUGACCUGCUCUGAGUACAUUCCUCAAAGGUGUACCGAUUAAAGAAACUUCAUGAGAACACAUGUGCAUACUUUUGGUAUCUGAUUGAACCCUUUAAAACUGUGGUAGGCAAAAAAUUCCGUAACAGCCUUUCAGCAUAUUGUGAUUCGAGUGUUCUUCUGCCCCUCCUCUUGGCUCUGUUUUCAGACUUUAGAAAAUCAUGGCCCGAGACGGGAGCCAAAACUACGUCAUAGAGCUCAACACUGUGGUUGUGGGGGUGAAAAUCCCGUUGAUUUUCUCCACGCGGGUUUUGAUCGUUAACCGUAAUGUCUUAACCAUUCAAUGUAGACCGACCACGAGUUACGGGAUUGUGAAAGGAAGGUUUACGCUCCGGUAGAAGUCGCGAGUCCGUACGAAAUCCACUCCUAAGCGUCUUGAUUCCAGGCCUAAAAAAAUUACUCAUUAUUCAACAGUUUUGUUGUCACUACUUAGAAUUCCUCACGGGGGAGAUAGAAACUACGCACUAUAGCUUUAAUGAAACGUCAAUAGAGAUACUGAAUGGGGCAAAAUCCCUUCUGGAACCAGAGCUAGUCAAAAAGUGGGCUGCCACUGUUGAUCCCUAUAUCAGAGAGAGAGAGAAAGAGAGCAUUCCUAUUGGCUGUUCUUCACACACAGACAGAGGGUAGAGGCAGAGCUGCAGGAUGAGGUCUCACUCUGCUUGAAACUCUGGCAGUUUUUGUGUGCUUUGUACCUACUGCAGCUUUAACAAGGUACACAUUUUCUGCAAAGAUACUACUCUACGUUUCACCUGGGUCCUUACAGCCACAAGCAUUGUACUCUAAAACACACAGAAAAAAUCUCCUAUUCUUUUUUUCUGGGGGUGAAAACAGGGAGAGAACUUGCACGAAUACAGAAGAUAAAGUGUUGGCAUUCAGUACAUCUACCUCUUUCUAUGUCUGCAGUUAAACACCGACCUGGCGCCGGUUUGUCAUUUUGUGUAGUGGCUCAAUGUGUGAACUUAAUUUAUUUUGCUAUUUAUAGAAAACGAAGUAAGCUGCAUUGUGAGAGGAACGGGGAUAGAGGAGCUCUUGUGUUUGCCGUUCACGGUUGACAUAUAAAGCAAGCGUAGAACUGUAUGCAAGUGAAUCUGGAGCAUGUGUCGCUGCUUUGAAUGACGCUUUGAAUAAAAAUGAUCCCAAAUGUAAAAAA